AAGAGAGGAAGAUGGGUGAUUCCUUGUGUAAGAGUGAGGUGGAGGAGGACAUUCCAGGAGAUGUCACCACAGAAAAUCCCAGUAAAAAUUGUAAUGGAAAUGUUAUAUACUUGCUAAAUUAUAAAGCAGAAGAUGAGGAUACCAUGCAGCGUUCUUCAGGAGAAACUCUCAUUACCCUUAAUGUACUUCCAGGACUUCACAGAACAGACGUAUCUUAUAAUCUCCCUAAACAUGAGAAACCUCAAGGGGGUAAAAGAUUUCAGUGUGGUAAAGAGUUCAGUAAAAGAUCAAAACUUUCUACACACAGAAGAAUUCUCACAGGGGAAAAGCCAUACUGCUGUGCAGAAUGUGGGAAGCACUUCACAAAGAAAUCAAAUCUUGUUAGACAUGAGCGAAUUCACACAGGAGAGAAGCCUUACUCCUGUUCAGAAUGUGGUAAAUGGUUUAUAGAGAAAUCAAAACUUGUGAGACAUGAGAAAGAUCACACAGGAGAAAAACAAUAUUCAUGUUCAGAAUGUGGGAAAUAUUUUACAUGGAAAUCAGAACUUGUUAGACAUGAGAGAAUUCACACAGGAGAGAAACCAUAUUCCUGUUCAGAAUGUGGGAAAUGUUUUACAGGUAAAUCAAAUCUUGCUGAACAUUGGAGAACUCACACAGGAGAGAAGCCAUAUUUAUGUCAAGAAUGUGGGAAAUGUUUUACAAAAAAAUCACAUCUUGUUGAACAUGUGAGAAGUCACACAGGAGAGAAGCCAUUUUCUUGCUCAGAAUGUGAGAAAUGUUUUACUACUAAAACCAAACUUAGGUAUCAUCAGAGAUGUCACACAGGAGAGAAGCCAUUUUGAUGUUAUAUAGUUUCAAAAGGUAUUUAUUUGGUUUUAAAGCAAGGAUUGACGGCAACAUACUGCCAGUGUACCCCUCAUUUGAUGUUUUGUAUAUUGAAAAUGUUUUGUAAGGAAAACAAAUUCU